AUGUCCAACCCACCACCACCCUUACCUCCAACCCUACCCCCAACCACCACUAUAACAGCAGCAACCACCGUCACCCCUACCCCACCCACCACCACCACCAACCGUGAAUACCGCAAAGGAAACUGGACCAUCCAAGAAACUCUAACCCUCAUCACAGCCAAAAGACUAGACGAUGAACGCCGCACAAAACCUUCCACAAGCUCACCUUCGAAACCUGGAGAACUGAGGUGGAAAUGGGUUGAAAACUAUUGCUGGGAUCAUGGCUGCUUCCGCAGCCAAAACCAAUGCAACGACAAGUGGGAUAACCUCCUCCGUGACUACAAAAAGGUUCGCCACUACCAAUCCCAAUCCCAGUCCUCUGAUCACUUCCCUUCUUACUGGUCCAUGGAAAGACACCAACGUAAGUUCCACAACUUGCCUACCAACAUGUCUCCCGAAGUCUUCGAAGCCCUUAAUGAUGUCCUUCAGAGAAAAUACAGCACCCAACAACAACAGCAAAGUACUGGUAGCAUUCAGCAACAGCAACAAAAGCAACCUUGUAUUUCUCAAUCAUCAGAGCAAGUAGCUGUCAGAACAGAUCAACAGGCGCCGGAGGUUGAAGCUCCGGUGCCGGUUUCAGAAGAGUCAGAUUCUUCAGAGACAGAGUCAAGUGAAAAUCUGGGUUCAGAGACCAAACGCAAGAAAGUUCGGAAAAUUGGUUCCAGCAUAAUGCAAAGUGCCUCAGUUUUGGCCCAAACCCUUAAAAGCUGCGAGGAGAAGAAAGAAAAACGACACCAAGAAGUGAUGGAGCUGGAGCAGCGUCGACUCCAAAUUGAAGAAACUCGAAACGAAGUUAACAGGAAAGGAAUUACUGAUCUUGUUGCUGCCAUGACCAACUUAUCUGGCGCAAUUCAGUCCCUUAUUGCCAAUCAUUAUGAUCAAACGUGAGAUAUGUUUUAAAUUUUUUAGGUGCUCAAUUCUUUCUUGAUAUAUAAAAUUAUGAUAUUGGCAUUGGCAUAGUGAUUUUAUU